UUGUUACGCAACUUCCAUAAUUCCGUAACUAUUGCAAGAUUUGCAACAAGCCACAGAUCCUUAAUCAUUCGACUCUGCCCCUUUGCCACCUUGUAGGAGGCCACGAGGUCCUCAUUCGGCUUCAGAUUGAAAAUUUCAGCUGCCCAAUUCCAAAUCUCCUAUGACUAGCCAUUCCCGGUUUAAGCUACUGCCCCUCUGAGCCAUGAGAUUCCAAAACUUACAUUUUUCAUUCCAAUCUGUCGGGACGUACACACAAUACAGCUUGAUUUCCUUCCCAUUUACCACCUCUCUGAUCUGACAAUCUAUCAGAUUUUUGGAGAACCUUUCCACUUUCAGAUUUAUUCCUAUCUUCCAUGCGACCACCAACCCCCCAGCAGCCCCAAUAGGGUCCACCAUAAAGCAAUUCUUGUACCCCAAUUUAGUGAUUAUUGGGUUCACCACACUCCUAACAUUCUUAGUCUCACAAAGGAACAAAAUUUCCUGGGUUUUUUUCUUUGACUAGGUCUGUAAGGUAGUUUUGUGUUGAUGGAUUUCCUAUGCCUUGGCAGUUCCAGGAUAUGAUUCUAAUGUUUCCAGUAUAAUGCACGUAGUGGUUAUUAAAGGUGUGGAAUUUAAAUGAUUCAAUCAGGCUAAAUAAGAUAUGCAUAGCAUUAUUGUAGGAAACAUAUGACCUCGGGUAUUGGAAAAAUUUGUCAGGAUUAGAAUGUAUAUGGUGCCCUGAGCUGGGUUGUGUAUCCGGGUUUUCCUGCAUGGUGCCAUGUAACCCCCUAGCCAGAUCCUCAUGCGUCGGCUCAUCAAGAUAGUCUGAAUGACUGUUGAUUAAUGGGUUCCUUUGGUAGAGUCUAUGGUGACUUGGUUAAGUGUUUGUUUUUGGCUGGUUUUCCUUCCUCCCAUUCCUAUGUUGAACUCCGACCCAUCAUGGAGUAGCUUCACCUCAUUAUCAUUCCUUACUGCCAUGUUUCUCUUUUUUCCACCAUUUCUUCAUCAUCACUGAGGACCAGUUUCCUCUUUGCUAGAGGAGAUACAUGGUCCGUUUUCCUCACCCCUCUUGCUCUUUGCUUUAAUGGACCUGAUUUUUUCUGGGCUGUUCUGACCACUUUGUUAGGACUAGGUUUUUUUGUUGGUUGCAUUACUGGUUGGCUUUUUAUUGUGGGUUUUACUUGCUGACAUUCCAUCUGACAACUUGUAUUGACCUUGGUGUUCAUUUCUUCAGCUUUGUUAUCUUUUAUGAUUAUUCCUUUUGGUUUCAAAUUUAGCUUCACACCCAUUUCCUUCCUCAACUCUUAUGCCUUCUUAUCAACUAUGAUACCUUUUCCUUUGACCAUUUCUCUUAGCAUCUCUGCGCCUUCCAUCCGUACCGCCAUUUCCUCAUUGCCAUUUAUCUGCAACCCCUUUCUGAUUUCAUCCCUUCCUUCCUCUUUAUCGGUUUGUUUUCCAAUCGGACUUUCACUACUUUCCUCCAUGUUUGUAUCCUUUGUAAGUAAGAUUGUGCUACUUUUCUCUCCCCCCUCCUGCUGGUUGAAAGAGUUCUGUUUUUCCUUCCCACCAGCUACUUUAUCCUCCACACUUUGAAUUGUUUUAGUUCCAGACCCCUCUCCCACAUCUUCUAUCUUCUUCAUGUUCAGAUUGAUCCAUUGCAUGUUCCCUUCACAUUGUAACUCCGGAUGGUCCAUGAUGUUGCAUCUAGUGCAUAGAUUGGUUGGAAGACAAUCGUAUUCAAAGUUAAUGAUUGUCUUUUCCCUUCUUCAUCUGCAGCCACCAUUCUAUGUCUCACCUUCUUUUUCACCUCCACCUUAACUCGUAUCAUAACAUCUUUUUCAAGCAAAUUAGUUCCUGAUAAGAUAACAUGUUUCUGAUAUUCUCCUGCAUUUUUGACUACCCUCUUUAGAGCUUCCCCUGAAGUAUAGGCUAUGGGUACUUCAAUUGCCUUUAGCCAGAACAUUUCAUGCUCUAAAUCUAGGCUUCGAACAUUGAAGCUGCCACUGUUCGGAAUCUCUGCUAUCACCACAAGAUCUCCUUUGAAUAACCAAGGUUUGAAUUCCAUAAUCUUGUGGAAAUACGAUUCAUUUUGGCACUUAAGGAUGAAAACAUUCUUAUACCUUGUAGGGUGAAAUCAUCAUUGAUCUAGUUAAUCUCCUGUUUGCUCUGACAAAAUUGAUAUAUUCCCAUUGUAAAAUGACCCUGUUCACACAAAUUCUGCUUAACAACGUCAGAUCCCAGUCAAUUGUUUCAUUUGCUCGGAUUUUCUUAUUCAUCACCACUAUCUCUGAAUCUUCAUCUGGGAUGAUUAGCUUUUCCACCAUUUGAUUAGCCAGAUCAGCUAUUUCUCCACCUUGAUUGACUUUCAUCGCCAUCCCCCCCACCUUCCUUCUAAAUGGAUUCUGAUUAUAUUUUUUGUUUUGUUGGAUUGGGAUUUUUAGGUUGGGACUUUUUGAUCCAGGGUUUGCUAUUGGUUUUGUUAUUUCUUUACCUUUGGAUUUUUUGGUGGUUUCAAUCUUCUGAUUACAUGUAACGAGUUCGAGGAUUUCAUGGUUCCUCAAACGGUAACUGAAUGGUUGUACUAAUCUGCAGUCGAUUGGACUUCUCACUAUGCUUUUUCUUAUGCCAACACCAUACGCAUGCUCCUGUCUACAGCAGAUAAGGUUUGCGCUGACAUGGUAGGUCAUGGAAGACGUGUUGGUUUUGUAAUGGCUAGUAAAGUUAACUGUUUGAAAGGACCAUACGGUGUUGAUUAUGAUUUUCGUAGCCCUGAGAACAUUGUCGGUUUUGAGAACUGGUAAUGCUUGGUAGGUGGUAGGUAUUGACAAGACUCUACAGAAAUUAACCCCUAUCACCAGUGACCCGUAACCAGCCAACUGACCCUGCCCCGAGAACCCAACUUGGUGUAGAUACUGUCACCACCAGCCAGACAAAUGUUGAUGUCCCGGAUAAUCACCCCAACCCGGUGGGCCUCCAGAUACCUGAGAGAGACAAAAAGAAAAAUGUGAGACCCAAAUUUUCACGACAGAUACUGGUAAAGUAUCUGGGUUUUGUUUGCCAGAGCAGCUGCCAGAAAGUAAGACUCCUAUGAUGAUCUUGGCUUGUGAGGUCUUUGCUAAAAGGUUUCUUUGUGGCAUUAUCUUCCAACUGUUGUUUGAGAUUAGGGAGGACUACCUCAUUGAUAGACAACAUUUCUAUCUCAAUAAUCCUCCCACUCUUAAUGUGCAUCCUGCCGGUAUGAGUUCCACUGAGUCUGCCUAUUUGAAUGCACUGCAUGAUGUUCAUCAACUGUAUGGCCACUUCUCUGAUGAUGAAGACAACAAUUACUAUCCAGAUGAUGAUGAUGCCCCUGCAACCAUCCACCCCCCGGCUCCUGAGACUUUGGUUGACUCCUUGUUGGAUCCUGGUGCUACCCCACAUUCCCCUGAGACCGCUUCUUCCAACUCUUCUCGAGAAAUAACUGUUGUUAUCGUACCUUCUACCGGUGGUUCUACUGAUCUCCAAUUCGAUGCAGACUAUACUCCUUUGGACCCUACCCAGGCCGGUUGUAGAAGAGUUCUUAAAUCUAAGCCAGAUCCAAAGGAGGUUGAGAUAGUGGUGGUAUCUUCCAGUGAUGAUGAUGCUUAAUAUCUUUGGCUGAUGAACUAUAUUGCUGAUGUUGUUGUCUUUUUUUGAUCUCUUCUUAGUAUUUGUAUUAUUACUUGAUGUUGUUUCUC